AUGUCUUCCGAAUUACAAGAACAACAACAAGUUGAUGAUAAUGCUCCUCAAGAGGAAUUCAUUGCUGUCAACGAAGUAGAUCAAGAAGUUAUCGCCGAUGAUAAUGCUCCUGUCGAAGAAGAUGAGAUGGAUGAAGAUCUGGAAAACGAUGAGAAUGAGGACAGUGACACAGAAAAGAUUGAAAUUGAUAUGUCCAACAACUCUGUAGCUUAUUUCGACAAGCAUACCGAUUCUGUAUUUUCUGUUUUCCAACAUCCAAGUGUGCCAUUAAUUUGUAGUGGUGGUGGUGACAACGUCGCUCAUUUGUGGACCUCUCAUUCUUCACCACCAAAAUUUGCUGGUACUAUCUCAGACCACACUGAAUCUGUAAUCACCGGUGGGUUCACCAGUGAAGGAAAAUUCUUGGUAACCGCUGACAUGACAGGUAAAGUGCUAGUUAGCAAAUCUUCAAAUGGUGGUGCUCAAUGGAAAGUAUUUUCUCAAUUGUCUGAAGUUGAAGAAGUAGUUUGGUUGAAAUGCCAUCCAACUGUCGCUGGGGUGUUUGCAUUCGGUGCCACUGAUGGUUCUGUAUGGUGUUACCAAAUAAAUGAAUCUUCUGGAUCUUUAGAUCUAUUAAUGAGUAGUUUUGCUCACCAAGAAGAUUGUACUAUGGGUGAAUUUAUUAACACUGAUAAAGGUGAAAAUACUGUUGAAUUGGUAACCUGUUCUCUAGAUAGCACAAUCAUUGUCUGGAACUGUUACACUGCUCAAGCUUUACAUAAGAUAACUAAGGAUGAAAUAAAAGGUCAAGAAGCCCCUUGGGUUUCUGUGGCAGCCGCUCCUCCAUCAGGUAAUGCUGCCAUUGUAGCCUGUGGUUCUAACAAUGGUAUUUUAGCAAUUAUCAACUGUACUAACGGUUCGGUUUUGAAUUUAUCACAGGUAGUUGAAUUGAAGCCAGAACAAGAUGAAUUAGAUGCUUCAGUAGAAUCUAUCAGUUGGUCUACUAAAUUCCCAUUGAUGGCAGUGGGCUUAGUAUGUGGUGAAAUCUUACUAUACGAUAUUAAUUCUUGGAGAGUUAGACGUAGGUUCGUGCUCACUGAAUCGGUCACUAGAUUACAAUUUGAUAAUGAUGAUCUAUUUAUUUCCUGUAUGGAUGGUAAGGUUUAUCAAUUUGAUGCUAGAACAGGUCAAGAAAAAUUCGUUUGUACAGGUCACAACAUGGGUGUCUUAGAUUUCGUUUUAGCUCAACCAAAGGAUAACAAUGGCCUAAGAAGAGUAAUAACUGCUGGUGAUGAAGGUGUUUCCUUAGUUUUCGAAGUACCAAAUUAA